UGUGUAAAACAUAGACCAAAACAGGAAAUAGAUACUCAGACAGCUCGUGAAUUAGCAAGAACUAAAGAAGUAACAUGUUGCAUAUGUUAUGAGCAAGUGAAUCCUCAUAAUAUAACUCGUACAAUAUGGGCUCCAUGUUGUAAAAAAAAUGCAUGGUUCCAUCGACAGUGUGUCAGGCAACUUGCUAUGAGUGCUGGAUAUUUUUUUAAGUGUCCAUUAUGUAAUGAUAAAAAAUUAUUUCAACAAGCAAUGUUAGAAUUUGGUAUUUUCAUUCCAAGUCAGGAUGCUUCUUGGGAACUUGUACCAAAUGCAUUUCAAGAACUUUUAUAUAGACAUGAUAAAUGUGAUGCCCCACGAUGCCUUUGUCCUAAAGGUAGAAAUUAUAAAGGUUUUAAUGCGAAGUGGGAAUUAGCACUUUGUCGAAUUUGUGGUUCACAAGGAAUUCACAUGGCCUGUGGACAGCUUAAAUGGGCUAACCCAGCUUGGGAAUGUAGAGAAUGUAUUUCUAUACUAGGUAAAUCUCAAGAAAUUGCUGGUUCAAGCUCAACAAGAAAUAUAUUGAUAAUUAGAAAUAAUUCUGACUCGGAAGAUUCUGAUGUGGAUAUUUUCGUUGCUAAUCAUGCACCUAUACCAUUUACAUCAAGUUCACCAAUUACAACUUCCACACCACAAGUGUCAACUACUAAACAACGAUCUGGUUCUCGGACGUUUAAAUUAAAACAACUUAAAGCAAAUAGAGAAAUACAAGAAAAUAAUAAGCAGCAAGCUAGUGAAAAUACGAAUGACAUGUUGUAUUCAACAAAUACAGAAGAGCAUAACUUGCAGUCGACAAGUAGUAUGAAAAGUUUUAUAAAUAAGUCAGAAUGUUUAUUAGUGGACGAAAUGAUAAAAGGCAGCCUCAAUUCUUCGACAGAAUAUCACAAGCUACACUUAGAUGAGUUAGCUGAUAAUACUAUUACACUUGAUAGUGAUGAUGAGAUUAUAGAGGUCACUAGUUGUAAUGAAUUGAAUGAUACUGUUAUUAUUACCUAUGAUAAUAAAACUGAAAGAAAUGAUUCUAAAAAUAAUGUAAUUGAAAUUAAUCGAACUAGUAUGUUACACGAAUCUACUGGAUUAAAAAUAGAAAAAUUAUUACAAGAAAAUAAUUUGAAUGAAAUUGGUACUAAUGAUACUUUUAUAAAUAAUUUAAAUAGAACUCAAAUUGAUAUUUUCAAGAAAAUUAGUUCACAAAAUAAAAUAAAUUCUGAUGUUUUGGAAGAAACAAUAAAAUUGAGCCAUGAAACAGGAUAUACUUGCACUGAUUCUCUUUCAAAUAUUAAAAUUGUAAAUGUCAUGUCCUUGGCACCUGAAGAGUUGGAGAAUGUACCAUCUACUGAACAUGAACAAAAAAUCAAUGAUACUGAUCACUUGACAUCUGAAAAUAGCAAUGAAUUAUUAAGUAAUAAUUCAGUAUUGCAAUCUUCAUUCUCUCAAAAUAGUAUUUCAGAAUCAAAGUUGAAAAGGAAACUUGAUAAAAAUAUCUUGAGUAUACCUCUAAAAAAGAUAAAAAGAAGCAAUAUAGUAUUGGAUGGAGCAUCACAAUCUUUUUUAUCUGAUGAAAAUAUACAAACUGCUAAUGUUUCUAAGAACAACAACACUUCUGCAAAUAAAUGUAAUCUACAGAAUCGAGAAUCACGUAUUCAAAUUGAACAAAAUUGCAAUAUAAAUGAGAAUGUACCGCAUGCAUCUAGUAGAAAACAUUCAUUGAAAGUGAAUAAAUCAAGUAACGCAUUAUAUAAUAAAAGUAAUACAUGUACAAGCUUGACAGAUUACGAAGAAAAAAAUCGCGAAAGUGCACGUAUUAUGAAUGAAAUGAAUGAAAUUGAUAGUACUGCAAAAAAUUGUGACGGGGAUGCAGGCGCCAAUCCUGCUGUUGCAUCGGAGAACACAGGCUUCGCAAGUGAGACAAGGAUUAUUUCUUCGGAAAAAUUUAUUGAAUCCGACUACUCAAAGUCAAAGAAAUCAGAAACGGCAAAAAAAUGGAAAUCUCAAAACAAUGUCGAGAUUAUCAUUCCACAAUACAGGACAUCAAAUACCAAAUCGAAAAAUGUUUGCCACCAAGAAACAGACGUAGACGUCGAAAGUAAUUACCCUCAACUGAUACCAGAAUAUAUACGUUUGCGUGAUCUUAAGUUUCGUGUACAUAAUUUAAAUAAUUUGCAGAUGAUCUUAUACGAUAAAUAUUUCGUAAAUAUUAAUAUGGAAAAUUCAACUACUAUUACAAAGAAUGCUAAACUUGAUGCAUCAAUAAAGAAAACUACCCAACAAAAUAAAGAUAAAAAUAAAUGUAUGUUAGUUAAUGAACCAUCUGAAAACUAUCAAGAUGAUACAAAGGAGAAUUUAGAUCCAGUGAUAAUUCCUUGCAAAACUGUAACAGAUAACAUACAAACAAAUACAGCAUUAAUUACAAAUAAUUCAAAUGUUUCUACAAAUAGUAAUAAUCAAAGUGAGAAUGAAUAUUUUACGCAACCUACGGCCGAAGCACUUGAAGACACAGUUAUAGGGCAAAGUGAUGAGGACAUUAGCUUAAUGAAUAAUACUGAAAAUUCUUCUGUUGCCACCACAAGUUGGAACAAUAAAUAUAAUGAUGGUGUUAAAGAUGUAAAACGAAAUAUUCGAAAUUUUAACUCUGAUUAUAUGACGAAUACUGCAGUCGAAAUACAUAGCAUGAAAAUAGUAACUGAAACAGAUUUUAAAAUAAGUAUUGAGUUAAAGAAAAUAAAAAAUUUCAUUAAUAAUAACCCUGAUUUAUUUCCAAAAUAUAAAACAGAAGAUAAUGAAUUAUUUGAAAAAGCCGAUUUUUUAAAAGAACGAAAUAGUAUAGAAGAAUGUAAUUUAUCAGAAGAUAUACGAUCAGCGAUACAGGAAUCGAAAAAUCUUCAAAACUUGACAUCAACUUCGCCCAAAAAUAGAAUAACAGAAUUGAAAAAUCAAAAUACUGAAAACAAUUCGGUACAACAAAAGAGAUAUAUUAAUUAUUCGUCUAAUAGUAAAAAAUGCAAUCUGAAGUGUACUUGUAUUCAUUUUAAAAAGUAA